AUGAGUUCUUCCACCUCCCGUGCGUUCAAUUCUUCUGGUAAGGCUGCUUUGAAAUGGGUCGGGGCUACGAAAAACGAUGUCCUCCAGAAGAACCCCGGCAGCAAGGGACAGAAAGUCCUCGCCGGCAUCGAAAACGUUGAAUCACAGGCUGAGAAGAAAUACGGCAGCAAGGCUUCCUACAUCCAGAUCCAGGGCAGCAAGUUGCAUAAAUCGUCGAAAGACCCCAAUGAGAAGCUAGACGUCGUUACUGUUUCGAUCCAUACUGAGAAGGGGACUCGUUUGGAGUCUGACCAUGUUCGAGAGGACGGCACAAGUACCCAAAAGACGACUCGAAGUGGUGGCAAGUAA